UUGCCGGGCCGCCAAUAGGAUGCAACUUGAGCACGUCAAGCCUCACACCCGACCUUCUCGGCAUCGAUGCGAACGACUACGGACCCCAUCACACCCCAAUUAUAGCCCGGAAAUAGUGGCUAAUGGACAUUCGCGUGCAGGUUAAUAUUUGUCUCCAUGACCAAUUUAUUGUUGCUCUCGUCGUUGGUCAGCCUUAUGAGCAUGAGUCUAGAGGGGGUCAUGGCUCAUGCGAGAGAAGAGUACCUCUUUCAGUUGUCGAUCUACGUCUUGGAAAGCAGUAAUUCGCGAAGGUUGACCUACUUUAUGCCUCCUCUGAACCUCAUCCCUCUUCUCUGUAUCCGGCCCAUGAGGCUCUUCCUAUCUGCAGAGCAUAUUCGCCGAGUCCGCAUCGUGUUGCUCCGAGCAACCCACCUACCGUUUGUUGCGCUGAUCUGGGCCUAUGAAGCUAGCCGCCGCUAUGUUUCGCGGCGAAAUAGUCAGUUUCCACCAACAGCCACGACAGGAGGGAGCAGUCGCCCGAUCUCGUCUUUCCAAGCGGGCUUCCCUCUCUCCACGCACCAUGCCCCGCUGCAGAGCUCCGCAAGUGAGGGGCAGUUCUCCAGACCUACAAGAUCCAAGGAGCGCUCUCACUCGGAGAUACGCGGGUCAUUUUCAGGACAGGCUGGAUCGGUUGACAUUCCGGAUAUGGUCGAUGAAAUAGAGAGAUUGCGGGUUCAAGUGGAACGAGUGGCUACAACCGUGGCCUUUCUCCAUCGAGCCCAUUAACGAACGCUAAGUCAGCUCUUUCCAGCUGGCGAGGGGCUAGACUAGAAUAUGGAGACGAUUGUGCCGUAGGCCUGUUAGGCACACGCACUCGCCGCAGGGCCGGCUUCAGAGCCUAAGCUUUAGCG